AUGGAGGUCGCUCGAAUGGCCAAGCUGUUCGUGUUGCGAAUGCACGGGCCCAUGGAGGCGACGGUGCUGGUUCGGCCCCCGCCAUUUCCAGGCCCGCCUCAAAUUGUCUCCUGGGCUGUGGCUCUCCUUCAGCACUCAGGGCCCUGGUGGUCGCAAUAUUGCGAAGGCCUUGCGUCCUUCUCCGUGCUUCCCUAUAAGCUGUGCGUCGACCGCGACGUUGGCGUCGUGACGUACCAGUGGGUGCUGCAGGCACGCAUCCACGUCUCGCCGUCUUCGCCUCCGACGGUUUCCUGGGACAAGAACUGCGUCGCGGACGUCGGUGUUGACUUCCCGAAGUUGGUGGAUGGACAUCGCCUCUUCCGCGUUCGAGAAGCGCGUGAUCCAGUGGUCUGGGUAACACGUUCCUUGGGCUCACAGGAGUACAUGGGCCGAAUUUCAGAGCCCUCUCCCAUCACGAUGGCGCUGCUAUGGGUCGUCGCCUGA